AGGUGGUUGAUGGCAGUGGCAGCGACCCACGUGAUGACGUCAUGGUCACGUGGUACCAAUGGAGAACAUGCAGGCGGAGCUCACGGCCUUGUAGAGAGAGUGGAAGGAUAUUGUGUCUGAUCAUUCCUACACGACUGGGAGCGUGGAUGGAAGCACAAGAUUUUGGAUGCAUUCAUCUGGAAGAUCUGUAUCAUGGAGAGUAAUGAUUCUGAUGCUGCUAGUUUGUGUAAACCAAAAUCUGGUGACUCUCAAUGUAGUAUUAGAUCAGCUGAUGCCACUGAGGAUCCUGACUCUGAGCAACUAAAUGCCACAGAAAAGUUUUCAGACAGUCUUUUGACAAAUGCCCAGAAUAAUGACACUGCAGAUUGUUCAGACAAACAGGCUCAUAAUGACAGGUCUCAUGUUGACAGCAACACAAAAUGUGAAGAAAAAGCAUCACCUGGAACUGAAAUACCCAAAUCUAUCUUUCAUUUGAGUGCUAAUAUGAAGAAAGAUUUAUCAAUGCUUGCCUAUCCCUCAAAAACUCAUGCUCGAAAGAAAGCUGUUAUUUCCUCUCGGAUAACACCAAAUUCUAGAAUCACUAUUGCUGAAGCUUUGGAGAAAGCAGAGGAUGCAAGAAAAAGUAUGUCCAGUUUGCAUAAGUCUUCAAAUAAAGUAGAUAAUCUAGAAGGUAAUAUCUCCAACUUGCCAAGCCAGGAUGAUUCCACUGAUAAAAUUGUGGACACAGCAGAUAAAGAAUCUCAGGAUGUAGUGCAGACCUUAGCACACAGUGCCACUGCCCAAGGCAAAGAAAAAAUUAACUUAGAUUCGGCAGUGGCUGGUCAGAGUGUUACAGAUAGCAGUCCUCCUAAUGACGCAGCUGAAGAAGCUGCCCCAUGCUCUGAAGGUAAAACAGAGUCAGUGGGAGGUAAGGCCAAGCCUCCCGGCACCUCUCGAGUACAGAUGACCCGAAGAAUGUUGGCCGUCCUAAAGUUUACCUUCGAUCAUGAACAUUUUCCAUCGUCUGUCCACAUGGCCCGGCUGGCUAAAAUGAUGGGAUUGCCGUGGUCACAAGUUCGAAAUUGGUUCACUGAUCGACGCGUGGAGAAUAAGAAAGCUGGAAUAUACCCAAGAGACAAACCACUCCUACACUGCACUUACUGUGCUGUUACCCUGGAGACAGAAGCAGACCAGAAGGGCCACCUGUUCUCUACACAGCAUGUCAGAACAAUCCUUGGAGAAGAGUAUUGUGGUGUUAAUUCAUUUUCAGGAGGUACUCCAGAAUCCAUCAAAUGGAAGAAGUUGCCAAAAACUGUAAAUGCUGUCAGCAAGAUGUCAGGUGCCAGAAUCCUUGCUGUUGGGUUCAGUGCUGAGGAUUCAAAGAAGAAAGACGUAAAGAGUUCAUCAGAGAAGAAAGUGGAGCCAGUAGUGGAAGGAGUUUCUCAUUCAAAGGAACUCAAGAAAUUGUGGACUGAAGCCAUGCUACUUCCAGAAGAAAAGGAACCACCACUUGUAGAGUGGAAUUCUGUUAGAUUCAACCAGGAAAACAACUCAGACAAUAAGUGUGAGUCUUUCAAACAAGAAGGGAAAGACAUGACUCAUUUAAAUUUGCCAACUCCAGAAGAAAAGGAAAAAGUCAUUAAGCUCAAAAAUCUAGAAAAUAUGUGUGCAAAACAAGUAGUUAGUAACAAGGUUGGAUUGGUUUCUAGUAAUGUCAGUGAUAUGACACCUUGCAGUACAAGUGUUAACACACUUGUAACAGCAAAGAAUUCUACCUUAACCAGUGAUGUGGUGGUAAACAUUACUAAUUAUUCUUGUCCUGUGACUACAAGUAUCAUUUCUGAAGGAAUGUUCAGACACCCAAACACUGAGAGGAGUCAAAGCAGUGAUGAUGUAUCUGUAAUAUCGGAAGUGAAAACCUCAAGAAAAAUGACAAACUUUGGGAAAAAAAUCAGGCUGGGUGGCAUGAUGACUGAAUCUCCCAUAGAAGCUCAGAGGCUCUCCACAGCAUCUAUAGAAGCUCCAAAAAAAGCACCUAAAUCAACAUUUCCUUAUAGGAAGCUCAAGAGUAAACAGAAAAAAUUUUCAUGGACAAACAGCAUCAGCCAGGAAAAACUUACCCAACCAUCCACAUUUGCUUCCCAGUUAAUGCAAGAUGCUGAACUGAAGCAGGAACAUGAAUCUGAUGAGUCAUGGAGUCACAUGAAUAAUAUUACAUUGUACAGAGCAGAUGGCACUGAUGCACCAGAAAAGUGCGAGUUGGCAGUCGUGAAUGCAAAUCAGCAGCCUAUAGCCAUCACUCAGAGUCCUGCAACAUACAGAUCAUAUUUGCCUAAAAGUUCUCAGUUCAUACAGAAAAGUAGUUCUGUGAAAUAUCAGCCACAGAUUGGAAAAUCAGGAAUAAGACAAGCAGUAUAUAAGAUGCCCAGGUCUAUUGAUAAAAGGAGACUAAAACUUCAAAAUGAACUACUUGCCCUAGCCCCAAGGGACACCAGGGCAAAAAUAUCUGUUCAUGAGGGGAAUCUCAUUGUUGGUUAUCAAUGCCCUAAAUGCAGUAAAAUAUUCCAGACAGAGUGGCUAAUGAUGAAGCACAGUGUCACUCACUUCAAAUAUCACUGUGAUAUAUGUUACCAGGUUUAUCCGGAUGAAAAUAUGAUGAAGAUUCAUCUGCUUGAUCACCUAAGUGGGGCAUAUGAAGACGAAAAAUAUUACUGCCAGUUCUCAUGCAAGGUAUGCCACAGUCUUAAAUGUGGGUGUUUUGAGCCAACAUACUGCAAACCCAAAGACUUGCCAAGAGUAUUUUUCAGGCCACAGAAGGCUAAAAGAUCAAAGAGAAGUUUCACCAGCAAGCUGAACACUGGGCCAAAUGAUCAUUUGAAAAUUAGUAUGUCCGCUUAUAAAAAAAUGAUGGUAUCUGGAAGUGUAGGACUUCCUAGUAAAGAAAUAGCAGGAACUUCAACCUCUUCAAAACCUACACAUGCAGAGCUCACACAAAACUUGACUCUGCCCCCAAAUGCUCCCAAGUCAGCUGCACCAAGUGAUUCUCAGAAACCAAACUUAGUCUUUAAAGAAACUAAGGUGCCCAACACCUUGGCAGAAGCCCAAAAGCCUCUUCAUAUUGAAAGAGAUCAAGAAUAUGUGACCAUUAAAGUGGAAACUAAUGAUACAAGCUUACCAAAAGAAACAGGCAUCGGUGCUUCUCUCGGUGUAUCUGGUGUGCAAUUAGAAGUCAGACCUAACAACAAUGCAUUGGAAGAAAAAGACAUUGCAAAGGAGAAACGGUUGAAUUGGAAUGAAGUUAGAACAAAAUUUACAUUCAAGUCUAAAAGUCAUGCAAACUCACAGCUCUCAGGUAUUUCCAAAUCAACAGAGGCAGGAGAUGAAAAGGCAGCUAAAAGAGUUGUUGGUCGAAAAAGAGCAAGUAAGUUUUCCAAAAAUUUUGCUUAUGAGGAUACAGUCUUCUACCAAAUGUGUGAAAUUUGUGAUGCAAGCUUUUCAACCAAAAGUGAAUUAAGUGAACACAUGUUCCUUCACCGCCUUAAGUCUCGCAGUCGUCGGGGAGAAAAAAGGAAUCUUUCUAGUGAUCCAAAAGAAACAGAAUCUCCCAAAAAGAUUAAAGUAUAUAGCCUAGAGGACCAAGCCAGCACUGAGACUGUUACUGAAGGUCCUGAUAAUUGUACUUGUGAAUUAUGCAAAGUUACUUUUACAACUACAGCAGAUUACCGUGCACACAAGAUUCUAGCUCACAAGGAACCAAAGCCUGACAGUGUUCCACAGAGUAUUGAGGUUUAUCGCUGUAAAUACUGUGAAAAAGUUUAUCGCAGAAGGAGAGAACUCAAGAGGCACCUGAAGCGUGACUGUACUGCUGCCCCAGCGUCUCUUAGGGGAAUGUUAUCAGGUCUUUCUUAUUCAGGAAAUGUAAUAGAAGAUGCACAUUAUACCACAUUAAAGAUUGACUUUGAUGAUAAGCCAGAUACACCACCAAAGUCUAGUGGGAAGGGCAUGAAAGGUCCUAUUGUCUGCAAGUAUUGCACAGCAGUCACAAAGAGAGAAGCCGAGAUGAAGCGACACAUUUGGAAGUUCUGUCUAAAGGUACCUGUCGAGGUAGUGAAGAAAUUCAUGGAUGGUGCUUCACUCAAAGAGCUUGGAUUCAAGUGCGUGAAGGAUGGUGAAGCAUCUGCAGAAAACAUAGACAUGGAAGAGUCAAACAAUACAAAUAUGGAGAUUCCUGAAGCACUAAGAUCCUUAGAUGAAACAGCCAGUACUCUUCAUUCAUCCUUCAGUAAAGGCUUAAGUCCUAAGAAAACUUCUCCAGACAAUACAAAAAUACCACCUGUAAAAGCAAAUAUUUUAGAAGAAUUAAACUCUGCAAUUAAGUCUUUACAUGAGAAAAUGGAAACAUCAUCUGUUCAACCAGAACCAUCAGGAAACCAUAACAUUAGCAAGAUUCAUCUUGAAGAUUCAAAGAAAACAUACGCAAAGCCUGAAGCUAAUGCAAAACAAGGUCCGAUUAAACAUCUCCCUAAAAGAACAAAGAUGCAACCUCCCUCUACUGUGGGUGAUACAGGAGAGUCUUCAACCUCUGCCAGCCCACUAGUUACCUCAGUCAUGCAAUUCCCUAUUGUCUUGCCUGUAAUGGCAGCUUCAGCCAAAUCAAAAAGACCACUAGUAUGUGGUUAUUGUGGUAUAUGGUAUUUCCGAGAGAUGGCCAUUUUGAAGCACAUGAAGGAGCGAUGCAUCAAAAUACCAGAGCUUGAAAAGGAACUUUUGAAAAACAAUUCUGUCCUAUGUAAUGUAACCCAGAGAGGUGGCAUUGCUUCAGAGAAUGGAGCUGUUUACAAGAUGGUGAAAGUACCAGAACACUUGCAAAAUACACCAGUCCCAAUGCCAAAGGAUGUUUCCAAUGAAGAUAUCAAGGAAUUAAAUGCAAACAUUAAAGCAUUUAAACAAAAUACACCAGCAAAACCAACAGAUGCUAAAGUAGCUAAUGUGCAAGACAGUCUGUCUUCAUCAUCCACAGUAGUCAAAGAACAGGGCAGUCUAUCAUCAUCUACAGAGGGUAAAAAACAGGACAGGCUGUCAUCAUCACCUGCAGAAGUCAAAGAACAGGACACUCUGUCACCAUCACCAAUUAAAGUCAAAGAACAAAACAGUUCAUCCUCAUCAUCCAGAAAAGUUAAAGAACAGGACAGUCUGUCACCAUCACUUAGAAAAGCUAAAGCAGAAGACAGUUCAUCAUCACCUAGAAAAGUUAAAGAACAGGACAGUCCGUCACCAUCACCUAAGAAAGUUAAAGAACAAGAUAGUUCAUCCUCAUCACCUAGAAAAGCCAAAGAGCAGGACAGUCUGUCAUCACCUAGAAAAGCCAAAGAGCAGGACAGUCUGUCAUCACCUAGAAAAGUUAAAGAACAAGACAGUUCAUCCUCAUCACCUAGAAGAGUCAAAGAACAGGACAGUCUCUCAUCACUUAGAAAAGUCAGAAAACAAAACAAUCUGCCUUCAUCACAUACAAAAGUCAACAAAAAAGACAGUCUGUCAUCAUCUAGAAAAGUUAAAGAGCAAGACAGUUCAUCUUCAUCACUUAGAAAAAUUGAAGAACAGGACAAUCCGUCACCAUCACCUACAAAAGUCAGGGAACAGAACAGUCUGUCUUCAUCACGUACAAAAGUCAACAAAAAAGACAGUCUGUCAUCAUCUAGAGUAGUCAAAGAACAGGACAGUCCUUCCUUAUCACCUAAGAUCAAGGAACAAGACAGUUCAUCACCUUCUAAAGUCAAAGGCCAAGACAGUCCACCCUCAUCACCCACUAAAGUCAAAGAACAAGACAGUCUAUCUUCAUCACCUUCAGUCGUCAAAGACCAAGACACUCCAUCCUUAUCACCCACUAAAGUCAAAGAGCAAGACACUCCAUCCUCAUCACCCACUAAAGUCAAAGAUCAAGACAGUCCAUCCUCCUCACCCACAGUAGCUAGUGAGCAAGACAGUCUGUCCUCAUCAUCUGCCUCUCCAGUGAAAGUGAACAAGACCACAACCACUAAAAGGGGGUCUAGAUGUCGUCGAUGUCACGAACACUUCAACUCACAAGAAGCUGUUCUUGCACAUAGCAGUGUGCACCAUGGGCCAAAGAAAGGGUUUUAUAAAUGCAAGCUCUGCCAUGCUAGACUGGCAAAAUACAAGCAGUUAAGAGAACAUGUUUGGGAACACACUGAUGAGAAUCCUUAUCGAUGUCAUCUGUGUGGAGUGAAAUACAGAUCCAGUGAUGCCCUCGUGGACCACCUUCACACUAUACAUCAGUUCACCUCCAUCUAUGAAAAGAACUUGUACAAGUGGUUACCAGGCCGUCAUGGGAGAUACAGGGAGAUAAAGACAAAAAACAGCAGUUGUGAAGAAAAUCUAGAUGAUAUGGAUACUACUUUAGACAGUCUGGCAGAAGUCAUGGUCAUUACAGACAAAGACAUUUGUUCAAAGACAGCCAUUGGGCAAGCCAAAGCCAGUAAAAGUCAUGAGAUGAAUGAGCAGUCAGUUGACAGUGAUAGCAUGCAGGAAGAAAGAAAAUCUCUAUUAAAGGACUCCAAAUCUAGUGCAGAUAAUGCACUGGAUAAUAACAAACCACAGAAUAAGAAAAUGCCAUCCAAUUCAAGUAUUAAAAUCAGCACAGAUAGUAAUGUGAGUAGUAAUGAAGGAGGAAAGGAGGCUGGGAAUGUAAACAAAGACAAAUCGUCCAUGGGAGACCAGAAUACAUUAGAAAAGAGUGUGGAAAAGAUCACUCGUGGUAGUCAAAGUGUAAAAAAUGCAGCCGCACUGAAAGAGAGCAAGGAUAAAGGAAGGACUCCUCAGUCAAAUGAUCUCUCAAAGAGCAAAAGUGAGAGUCGUGUUAAAGAGCAAAAUAAAAUUGAUGCCAAGAUUGGAGGUAAAGUUCCUGAGAAGAAUCCUCAAUCUAGCCAAGAGGAUGACUUCACUGGGGAAGGGUUCUUACCACAUAUAGGAAACCUUGACAGUGUGGUGGAAACAGUUCAUUUGACAGACGAACAUUUAUCAUGAUGCAUACAAUUCAGAUUGACUUGUAAUAGUAGAAACACUUGACAAACACUUAUGAUGCAUACAAAAGGUUUAAUAUGUCAUAAAAGGAAAGUUAAGGUGUACAUUUUUUAUUACUGUUGCAUCCAAUGAGUGCUCCUUACCUUUGCUACUGUCUCAUGCAAACUACAUGGAGGAACAAUAGUAAUGCAUUAACUUCUGCAAUCUAUAUGUGCCAUUGUGUGAUGUCACAAGUUUUCUGAACACAUCAGGGAUACAUCCACCUCUUGGUUUGUGAUACCUAUGUUAUAUAAGCAUUAAGAAUUUUGUAUGUGAUGUAAUAGACUUAAGUACAAAUAAAUAAUAUCAGGAAUA